GUGAAUUCAUGUGUGUGAGUGUGUGGGGCAGAGCAGAGCUGCACAGACUUUGUCCCGACUGCUGGAAGUCGUCGUCGUCGGGCCGUCAGACGAGGAGCUGCGGUCUCAUGACAGUCAGAGAGUCCGAACUGAGAGGACUGGGAGUCUCCUUUGACAGCAGGACACGUGACUGGACGCCGACUGGAGCCAGAAACCAGGUGACACACAGGUGGAUCCAGUUAGAGGCUCUGCUAUCUGACAUGUGAAGGUGACCUGAGACGGACAGCAUGACGUCUCCUCCGCCGACAGACACUCGGCUCCUGUCCUCUUCGUCGUCUCCGUCUCCUCCUCGUCACAGUCUGCAAAGUGCAGAGCUGCAGGCAGAGUUUCUACAAGAGUACCGGAAAAAAAUUCUGUCUCGCCGUGACAUCAGCGAAUCCAGUGUCUCCUCCUCCCCCGCCAGUCCCUCCUGCUCCCCCUCCCCUCUGUCCUCCCCUGCCAGUCCCUCCUGCUCCCCCUCCCCUCUGUCCUCCCCUGCCAGUCCCUCCUGCUCCCCCUCCCCUCUGUCCUCCCCCAGCAGUCCCGGCCCCUCCACGUCCUCUUCAUCUUCUCCCUGCUACAACAGCAGACAAGCCCGUCUGUCCCUGUCCAGCCCUGAGCUCCUGUCUGAGCUGAAGGACUCGAGGACACGCUCCCUCCGGCAUGUCCCCAAACACAACGGACUGACCACCGUCUUCUCUGGACGAGGACGAGGAGGGCGAGGGCGACAGGCCUCUGGCCCCACCCCCUCCACACAACCAGCCAAUCAGAGGACUUCAUCCUGAGGGCAUCAGUAACAGCUGACCAGCACCAGCCUGCCGGACCCGAAUCCAGCACGGACUCUGUUGUUCUGUCAUGAAUCAUGUUUCAGUAAUCGUCGAGCUAACGUCCACGUCCAGAUUUCAGAGCGAGUUUGAGACCAAACAGUCAGAGCUGAGCAGAAGCUUCCUCGAGUCCAGCUGAGCUCCUCUGAGAGCUGCUGACAUGAGCCUGGACUCACUCCUCCGCACCAGGACUCGUCCUGGGGUGUCCUCUGAAGAUCAGGCUGGAAUGAAUGACAUUUUCACCUUCAGUGUGUCAAAUCUGUACGGGUUGGAGACAACCUGGGGACGUUUUCUUUCUGGCUCGCAGCUCGAGGCACUCAGCCGGCGUGGGCCUCGUCAGGACUCUGAGCGUGGUCACGUCAUGCUGCUGAGGAGAGCAGACGUCAGGAGAACGACGGAGGAACCUGUGAGCGCUCAGGUGGAAGGUGUCCAUGACUGUCUUUGCUCUCUCUGUGGAUGUUGUGCAAUAAAAUGGUUUGCUGGAUGCAUUUGGUUGUCUUGUUGCUCUGUUCAAAC